AGUGGCAAGGAUCUAGUCUCAGAAUCAAGAACCGACGCGCGCUCGUGGCUUCAGUUGAGCUCGCUGCAGCGUCGUACCUCACUUCCUCGGGGUCGCCACGCUCCUCCCGUGUCGAAAAGAUGAGCGCUCUUCCCAGUUCUUUCGUUUCGGGCUCGACCAAGAAUCCACCCAGCAGCUUCGUUCCUGGUUUAAAGCCGGUGGACCACUGCCCUAUGAAGUUGAGCUCUGGCACUGUUUCUGUUAAUAGCAGAGUUCACGGAAAAGUAAAGCUUACAGUGCGUAGAAAUCCAUUUACUGUUCAAGCAAUUGGGGAUGAUGGCAGACCAAGCAGUGCGGGUAUAUUUGUUGGUGGAUUUGUGUUGGGUGGACUUAUUGUUGGAGCAUUAGGUUGUGUGUAUGCACCACAGAUAAGUAAAGCCCUAGCAGGCGCUGAUAGAAAGGAUCUAAUGAGGAGACUGCCAAAAUUCAUAUAUGAUGAGGAGAAAGCUUUGGAGAGAACUCGCAAGAUAUUGGCCGAGAAGAUUGAGCAGCUGAAUUCCGCCAUAGAUGAAGUUUCUGCUCAGCUGCGAGCAGACGAUCCUCCCAACGGAACUGCAGUAAGUUCCGAUGAAAUUGAAGCUUCCAUAUGAUGCCACACCUGUUUGAAAGCUUUACAUGAAGCAAAUCCCAACACACAUUCUACGUGAUCCAAUGUAAAUUUCCUCUUGAUGUGAUUAUUAACGUGGAAGAUGAAAAUCAUAUAG